CGAAAAUGUCGACGGGGGAACAGCUGUUUCAGGUUAUAGGAGGACAUCUAACGGAACGCGGGCGAUUCUGUCGCAGGCGAGGAGGAAUAAUGGGAGACGUGUUGUGGGUCGAGGACCGAUACGAGCAAUAGUCGUGAAUAGAUCUCAGAGGAAUUGAUAACGAUGGCCGCGGGUUGUUGUGGCACGAAGAAGCAGAAGCUGAACAACUCGUCUAGCGUACCUUGCAACGGUACCGUGUUAACAAACGGGAUACAGCUGAGGAACAGCGUGAUAGUGAAACCCGAGAUGGGUUUCUUCUGUUUCGACGUUCUUUAUUGCCAACUGCAUCAGCUCGACCCACCGAAGUCGCCAAACUUCAGCAACGAAGCAUUCCCAUUGUUUGUAACAUGGACUAUCGGAAAAGAUAUGAGAUUAAGAGGCUGCAUUGGUACGUUUAACGCAAUGCAGCUGCACGCCGGGCUUAGAGAGUACGCGACGACCAGUGCGUUCAAAGAUUCACGGUUUAACCCGAUCACGCGGGACGAGCUGCCACGUUUACACGUAAGCGUGUCGAUUCUGAGACACUUUGAGGACGGUGUCGAUUAUUUGGACUGGGAAGUCGGUGUACACGGGAUUCGUAUAGAGUUCCAUAACGAGAAGGGGAAUAAACGAACUGCCACCUAUUUGCCUGACGUCGCGACGGAACAAGGCUGGGACCAGAUACAAACGAUAGAUUCUUUGCUGCACAAGGGUGGCUACAAAGGAUUGGUCACACCGGACAUCAGACGCAGCGUGAAACUGACCCGGUACCAGAGCGAGAAAGUUACCGUAAGCUAUCAGGAUUACAUGACACAUUGGCAUAAAAGAAUGGCAGCUAGCUGUUGCGGGACGAAGAAGCAAAAACUGAACGAUUCUAGUAGUAUACCGCGUAACAAUCCCGUAAGUUUACAAAAUGGUAUCCACAUACGGAGCUCUAUAAUAGUUCAGCCCGAGAUGGGCUUUUAUUGUUUCGAUGUCCUUUACUGCCAACUGCACCAACUAGACCCCCCAAAACCACCCAACUUCAGUAACGAAGCUUUCCCGUUAUUCGUAACAUGGACAAUUGGGAAAGACAUGAGACUAAGGGGUUGCAUUGGUACAUUCAACGCGAUGCAUUUACACGCUGGAUUACGAGAAUACGCCACCACUAGUGCUUUCAAGGAUUCAAGGUUCAAUCCGAUAACGUUGGAAGAACUCCCGAGGCUACACGUCAGCGUUUCUAUACUUAGACACUUCGAAGAUGGGGCAGAUUAUCUGGACUGGGUGAUAGGAGUUCACGGAAUACGAAUUGAAUUUCACAAUGAAAAAGGCAAUAAACGCACUGCUACGUAUUUACCAGACGUAGCCAUAGAGCAAGGAUGGAACCAAGUACAAACGAUAGACUCUCUGCUGCAUAAAGGAGGCUACAAAGGAUUGGUUACACCAGAUCUUAGACGUAGUUUAAAGCUGACUAGAUACCAGAGUGAGAAAGUGACCGUAAGCUAUCAGGAUUAUAUCACACGCUGGCACGGUAAAACGUGCUAGCAACUGCCAUGGGGUUCUGUCAGAGGACCCCCGACUUGCCAGACGCCUGGCAACAUUUGUUAUUCGAGUACACAUACUUUUAAUUGUUGUUUGCAAUAUAAUAAUUAUCUAUAUAAUAUAAUGGCCAGUCACGCGUGUUCGCGGCACCAAUUCAUUGUAACAGAAUCGAACAAUUGUGCAUACAGUCAUCUCGAGUAUCUACUCUAUCUUUCAUAUUACCUGCUAUACAAAAUCUGGUACACGUAGAAUCGGGAUUUUGUUGUUGUUCUAUCGCUGUUGUUAUUAUUAUCUUAGGGAACGUCUUCCUACACGAAUCCUUGAGCAAGCCUAGUCCGGUGCCUCUUACACAUUUCGUUUCUAUCUAUCUAUCUCCUUUAUAAAAGAACAUAUUUUUUAACGAAAAUAAAGCCUUGAUAACGACGUCCGAACUACGUGCAGUAUGUAAUAUAUCAAUCAGAUCGCG